AACAUGGGCAACCUGUUCUCAGGCAUUUUUUCGCGUCUGUUUGGCAGCAAAGAAAUGCGCAUCCUCAUCUUAGGGCUAGACGGAGCCGGCAAGACUACUAUUCUCUACAGAAUGCAAGUGGGAGAGGUAGUCACUACGAUUCCAACGAUAGGAUUUAACGUCGAAACAGUCGCUUAUAAGAACCUCAAAUUCCAAGUUUGGGACUUGGGCGGACAGACAAGUAUACGGCCUUACUGGAGAUGCUAUUACAGCAACACAGACGCUAUUAUUUAUGUAGUGGAUAGUAAAGACAAGGAAAGGAUCUCAAUAUCGAAGCAGGAACUGGUGGCGAUGUUAGAGGAAGAGGAACUUAAGAAUGCAUGUCUGGUUGUGUUCGCUAAUAAACAAGACAUAGAAGGUGCAAUGACUGUGACAGAAGUUGCCAACGAGUUGGGUUUAGCUGCACUUAAAAACAGAAAAUGGCAGAUUUUCAAGACAUCCGCCACAAAAGGAUUUGGUCUAGACGAAGGUAUGGAAUGGCUAUCCACAGAACUCUCAACAAAGAGGUGAAAUUUACAUCAGAAGUUUCCAAGCAUCAAUUUCCUCCUACAUAUGAUUCAACUUCUGAAUUAAUUACUCUUGUUAAGAUAGAUUUAAUCGGUUUGGUGGAGGUUGACUUAUUGUUUUUUCACUAGGGGAACUUUUUCAAUCACAAAUAUAUCAGAAUCAAUCUUUUGGUAAACGCAGUGAAUUGGUUCAUUUGUGAUAGGUUGGUGCUUUCUUAUUCAUUAUGCUAUGCCCGAGUUGAGUUUUGAAAUUGAUCAUAAUAAUUAUGAAUUUAGAUGUCUCGUUAAUCUGGUAAAUUUGUACUACGUUUGCUUCUAUAGCGUUCAAAAAGUUGCAUUCAAGACUGCCGAGAAAUGAUAGUUUAAGAAUUGAAUGCUAAAAAACGCUGUUCAUGGUUUAUAUGAACCCCUCUUUUAAAUAAAUCAGAUAAUUGUUCAAUAACUUAUCACGAGACAACAUGUAUUUAACCGAUGGCUUCAAAUGUCUUUUUGUUUUAUUGGGUUAACCAGAUACAACAUUUAAGUUUUUGAAAAAAUAGCAUCCUUGUAUCUUAUAUAUUUUAUCGUAUCGGUUUCCCCAAUUAACAGUUCCCCCAGUCAAUCACAAGGAUGAGAUCUGCUGUAAAUAACAUCACAGAGAAGGUUGUGCUAUUCAUUCAGUCAGUAUUCCUUAUAAGCUCUCUUUCUGUAUAUAUAUAUAUAUAUAUAUAUAU